AUGGGUGACUUUUACGAACCUACCUUGUUGUUUAGAAACAACGCUAUCCGGCGGUACAGUCCUCAACUCUCUCCAAUAGCCAGUGUGGAGAGUUUACCAUACACCAAUAAUUGUUCGUCAUGGCUCUUGAAUCCAAACAACAGCAAAGAUAACCAAGUCCUCAAUCAAUCUUGUUCACUUGACCGUUUGAAUAUUAAAUCCAACUAUUGGAAGAUUCCUGAUAAUAACCUAAACUUGACUUCCAUGAGUAUUAACAAUCAAGAAUCCAAUCCCACUUUAGCAAUUUCUAGUGCAAACAGUGAGGCAAAUUUGUUCAUUUAUGAGCUAGACUUGAUUGACAACUACUUGACCCACCAUAAUACAAUUUCUUUGCCCAAUAUUCAUAGUAUGAAAUGGUUACCCUCUAAUCCAAGGUAUUUGGUGACAGGCAAUAGCAAGGGAUAUGCACAUCUUAUAUCUGUACCUUCAGUUCGUGACAACUUGGAGGAUGAAGAUGCAUCUGCAGAAAUCUGCAAACGUUUCAACCACAAAAAGCAUUUAAGAAACAAGACUGAAGAUGAGAAGAACGCAAGUAUCUCCAAAUUGAACUUCCUAAACUCCGAUCUGUUGCUUUCAUUAUACUCAAAUCACUUGUUUCACUGGGAUAUUCGUAGUACGGAAUCUCAAAGCAAGCCAAGUCCACUUUCAAUUUCAACUAUUGCCGGUAUUUACAACUUCGAUCCUGUUAGUAAAAGCUCGAACAACGUGGGAAUCUGUGGUAGGUUUGGAGUAUCAUUGUUUGACUUGAGACAGCCUCGCUUUAACAUGCCCAAGUCAGUUGCCAAUGAAGCUAACAGAAAAAAAUUGGGUGCAAAUCUUAUCAAGUGGAAUCCUAACGACGAAAAUGUAUUUGCAUCAUCGCAUGGUGACGGUGUGGUAAGGUUGUGGGAUAUCAGAAAACAAGAAAGCUUCACCAGUUUGAAUGGUCAUCAAGAUAAAGUCACUAGCAUAGAAUGGAAUAACGGGGAUAUCUUCACGGGGAGUAGGGACGGAAAUAUCAUCCACUGGGAUCUCACUAACGAUAUGCCAAAUAACACCCAAUCCUCGCCUUUGGAAUGCGGGCUCAAGGAAGGCUUGGAUAGUGUACAUUUCAAUCCAAGGGCGAACUCUUUAGAAGACACUAUCAAUCAAAGACAGUGUGGUACAGUUUUGCCUGCCUCCAACACUAACAUUAUCAGCAUGUGUUCUGUCCAGUGCAGCAGCGAUCCUGAGGAUCUCAAGGUGCUCUCCAUCGAUGGAAGCUCAUUCUUUGGAGUCCACUCCAAGAUCUAUAACGCAGUCAGCGUUAACAUUAACUCCGAGAAGUUGUACUAUAGCGAGGAGGAUAUACAAUUGCUCCUUGCAAGCAAGGAGAACUCCAACGCCACCUUGGUAGACCCUGAGGCCGAAAGCUUGCACGAGACCAAGCCGUUGAUCAUACGACGC